AUGAGAAAUUUUAUUAGCGAAGGGAAGAUAAAAAAGAAAGCUAAACACAAACAUGAUAAGGCCUUAAGAUCGGAGGCAAUACAAUUGUUAAAUGAUAGUUUUGAAAUGGAUGAAAUAGAAGAUUCUAUAGGGUUGGAAGCACCAAGUUAUAUAGGCCCUAUGGAUGGUUGUGCAAACAAAAAAAUCCCUGAAAUUAUGAAGGGAAAGGGAAAAAAAGUUGAUCCUAACGAUGUUGUUCAGAAAGAAAGAAUUUUAGCGUGUCAUAAAUUCAUUAGUAGGUGGGCAUAUAAAAUUGCAAUUCCUUUUCAUGCAUUGGAAGAUGAUAGCUUCAAGAUGAUGUUGGAGGUUGUUGAUGGCCAAUUUGGAAUAGGGCUCCCACCUUCUACCAGAUACUCUUUUAGUGGUCCACUUCUAAAGCAUAAGCAAAAAGAAGAAAUUAUGAAAGCUUUGGGUGGUAACGAGAAAGAUUACAAUCCUAUUAUAGAUAUCAUAAACCACAAGAUGAAAGAUUUUGAUAUACAAAGACAAGUCGUGAUGAUAGAUUUGCCAAAAUACAAGGAAAAUGCUGAUAGAUUUGGAGUAGAUCUUGCAAUUAAAGGUUGUAUGGUGAACAAUGCCGACUUUGAUCCGGCAAUAUGGUGGGGACUUUUUGGUGGCUCAACUCCUCAUUUGAAAAGCAUUGCUUUAACUAGUAGUUCAUCGGGUUGUGAAAGGAAUUAGAUCAAAUUUGAAGCAGUUAGUUAUAAAGUUGUAAUCUUUAAAUAUGAAUAACGUUUUUAACCUUUUGUUAUGUGUACUUUUAUAGGUACAUACAAAGAAACAUAAUAUAUUGGAGACAAAUAGAUUGAACAAUCUUGUUUAUGUUCAAUUCAAUGCUAAUCUAACAGAAAAAAAACAAAAGGAGAAA